UAAAAUUUAAUCUCUGAAAUUUUCCUGGUAUUUCUAUGAAAACAUUUUAAUCGCAACCUGUUGAGUCACGUGACUCUCAGGAUGACCACUGCCUCUGCGUGUGCUCUUUGUGGUUAACCUUCACAAGCCCCUUCCUCACACGCGUAAACACUCGAAUGUAUAAUAUUAUUUUAUUUGAUAAAAUUAAUGGUUUUUCCAACUCCAAGGCAGUUCGAAUGAAAGGUAAAACGACAGGUGGAGUUCCUUGCAAAAUCUUUGCCAAAAUCGGUCCAGUCACACAUCUAGAAUGUUGCGCAACUUCUGAGCAAUUCUCUGCUUCUUUUCGUGGAGGAAAUUGUGCACAAAAGCAUGCCAGCGAGGACGAGUGGCUGACCUCUAUUUAUUACUCGGAAUGAAACGUCUGCAGUAUAUAAGGUUUGACUCGAAGUAAACACAGGUCCACUUGUUGUUCAUUUUGCGAUCGGUGCAUAAGUUUCUCCGCCUUUUGCAAUGGCCACUUUAAAAAUGACGUUCAGAACGGUGGUUUUUCUGUCGGCUGUUCUUUGCCUGGUGAACUCAAAGCCGUUCAGGAAUAACUAUGAGGAUGACGAUUCGUCUGUAGAGAGCUUUGAAGACUCCAGUAGUGGUUUAAGCAGGCCAGUAAGGCAGUGGCAAGGCAGACCCGCCCCGCGCAGACCCCAGGGCGACGCCAUCCUCUUUCCUUCUUCGCCAAUUAACCAAUCUCAAAAUGGACAGGGCUUCCAAGAGCAGUUCCCGCCGCCGUUCUUUGGCAACAGCGAAGAGUUCCCGUUCCAGGGCCAGGGCAACAAUAACUUCCCAGGAAAUCCAACCGUCGGUCCUGCCAUAGUUGGUCGGCCGACUCGACGCCCACCACCAGGAGAUGAUCCGACCAUUGGCCCCGUUUUAGUUGAACCAUCAUCUCGUCGCCCAGCCUGCAACUGCGUCCCGACCGAGGAGUACAACCCUGUCUGCGGCUCUGACAACACCACUUACUCAAACCCCAGCCGCCUCACAUGUGCCCAAAGAUGCAUGAAUCCCAAUGUGAGCCAUCGCUACUUCGGAGUGUGCCGCGAAAUUGUUGCAGGAAGAGGUUAAGACAAAAUAACAAUAAUAUCUUGCGUGGAAAAUGUAAAACUUUUAAAAUAUAUGUAUUCUUUUGUACUUUUUUAUUAUUUGCAAAAACAUUCAUGCGAAAUUGUAUUUAAAAGAAAUAAAAAUUUUUGUGCCAUUUUUA